AUGUAUAUUAAAAUACAAUCAGAUAAUAAUAAUUCAAAUAGUGAAGAAAAUUAUAUAAAUAAUGAACUUGACAAUAUUUUAAUAAUUAAUUUAAUAUCAAGUUCUGAAAGUUUACAAAGUAAUGAUUUCAAAAAUGAAGUUAAAAAUAUCAAUAAUAUUAAUUACAAUAUAAUUAACCAACAAACUUCAAAAAGUGUAAAUUUAAGUUUACAAACUAAUAUGUCUUUACAGUCUUUAAUAGAUUCUAAUUAUAUUAAUAUCAAAGAAGUUAAUAUUGAAAAUUCUGAUUAUAUUGUUAGUGAAGAAGUUAAUUAUAAUGAUCAUGAAGAUUUUAAUAAUGCAACUAUUAAAGAUAUUAUUUAUAAUGAUAUUGAAGAUAUUGAUUAUAAUAAUAUUGAAGAUAUUAAUUAUAAUAAAAUUUAUUUAAUAACUAAAAAUUUAUAA